AUGGAGGAUCGACCGCGCCACUGUUGGGAAUGUCUCCGGCGGUCUUUGGUCUGUGACUUUAUCCGGCCCCAAUGUAAGCGGUGCUCUACCUCCGGGAUCGUUUGCCCUGGAUACGAAGAUAAGGCGCCUUUCAGGUUAAAGUGGCUUCCUCCUGGAAGGUCUAAAUCUCUAGCGGUGACCUUUUAUCGCUACCGGGGACUUGUGAUUCGCUCCCUCAGAAACGAUAUCAAUCAAGGACAUAAGCGUGCAAGCGAUGUCGUCCUUGCCGGAAUCAUCACGCUUCUACUCGUUGAUGUGAGUCUAAAGUGCAGUAUGAGGAACCAUCCGCCGAUACUAAACCAUAUUUUGCUACGCAAGGCUCAGCAAGGUGCCUCUCCCCACUGGCGAUACCACAUGGAAGGGCUCCAGAAACUAAUCUUGCUGCGCGGCGGCAUCCGUUCUCUGGCCAGGUCGGCCCGCUUAGCACCACUGCUCCAUUGCUUUGUCUGCAUCGCAGUCAUUGGGGACACUGUCUCUCCCACUUCCCACUUGGCAACUAGUAGAUUGCGCCUUGAAGAAAGUUACUUUAUAUUAGAGAACCUCGGCAACGGAGUCUUUGACUUCCAGAUGUGUCCCAAGCCCCUGUUCGCCGAGAUUAUCAGGAUCAAUCAUCUUCGCGUGCAAGCCUGGAAACAAAGUCCCACACGACCGGGCCCUCUUGCCCAAGAGGCGUAUGGGGUCCUUAAUCGUAUCAAUACUUUCUCUUCUGAACGAUGGGCCGAUUCCAAACCGUCAUCAAAAGAGGACUGGAGGAUUGUGGGAGAAUCGUACCAGGCGGCCGUGUCAUUAUACUGCAUCCUGUCGCUGCAGAGCCUGUCUGUUCUGCCUCUGAACCCCUCACUGAGAGCCAGUUGUGCCAGCUGUGGGCGGCUUCUGCAGGACCUGCUCAACGAGGCCCUGUCAUCCCCAAGAAUAAAAAGAUCCGUACUAUGGCCGUUGGUCGUGCUCGGGGUGCUAGCUGUGAAUGGCGGUGCAGGGAUGCGAGCUUUUGUUCGAGAACACCUGCCGGAGAUGAGUCGCCACAUUGGCUCAUAUGUGCCGCUGAUGGCUAAAGCCCUGCUGGAGAAAUUUUGGGCGUCGGGCGAGACGUCUUGGGACGCUUGCUUCGACAAACCGUACACCGUGGUGACGCAGAUUGCGGUGGACCUCAGCCAAUUGGACUAA